AUGUCAGAUAAUAAAUUCAGAUAAAUCCUAACGUGAAAUUGGAAAGAGGAAUUUAUAUCAAUACAUUAUUACAAAAAUGGCUUCACUUAAAAUAUAUUCAGUUGGAAGAUUAACUAAAUAUGUGACAGAUUCUUCGUUACUUAAUAUAAGAUCGAGUAUAUGCAGAAGUUCAGUCCACAAAUACAGCACAGAGGAGAAAGCAGCUGAACCAGAACCGGAAAAGAGCUUGCCGGCCUCCAUAGAGGACUGUCACAAACAAAUUGAGAGUCUUACCGCUGAGGUCAACAACUUCAAGGCACAGGCUAAGGAAUAUGAGGACAAGUACAAGCGCGCGUUGGCGGACGGAGAGAAUGUCAGGCGUCGUAUGAUGAAGCAGGUGGAGGAUGCGAAGUCGUUUGCUAUACAGAGCUUCUGCAAGGAUCUGCUGGAUGUGGCGGACACUCUAUCAGCGGCUGCGGAGUCCGUCCCCGAGGGUGUGGAGGGCGAGGGCGCCCCGGCCGCCUUGAGGUCCCUCAGGGACGGCCUCACACUCACCCGCGCGCAACUCACACAGGUGUUCAGUCGCCACGGCCUGGAGGUGGUUUCUCCUCUCCGGGAGAAGUUCGACCCCAACCUUCACGAGGCUCUCUUCACGCAGGAGGUCCAGGGAGCGGAGCCGGGGUCCGUGGUGGCGGUCAGCAAGGUCGGCUACAAGCUGAGGGGUCGCUGUGUGAGGCCGGCGCUGGUCGGGGUCGCCAAGGGAGCCUCCUAGUGGCGCCGGCGCUCCUCGCACUCGUUAAAUACCAAAUUAUAUUUUAAUAUUUGUCCGGUGACUGGGUGAUGUGCAUAUUAUGAAAAUUGUGUGUUGUCUCGGCAUGUAGCGUACUGCGGACCCAGCUUGGUAGUAUUCAGACCUCAGUACGGGGAGCGUGGUGCGACACUCCUCAGUACUGUCCCUUGUAAGUGCAGCACAAUUAAUAUGUUUAGUAAUCUUUGUCACAGUCAGCGUCAGCGUCUCGUCUGUGAAGAGCAUUUAUUUAUCAGUUUCUAAAUCAAUCCGCGUUGAAUGUCCGUAUGUUUUAUAUAUUUUAGUACUAGAAUUAAAGUGGAGCAUUGUUACAAA